UGCUUAACUGAAACCGAGCGAGGCGCGCAAUCCGGUGAACGAGUUCGUUUUCGCUUCAGACGUGCCCUUUGCUGCUUCCCCCAGCCCCCGCGUACGUUCAAACAAACCCCUUCGUACCCCUCGUCCCUGGCCCGCUUUGACUUCUCAAGACUCCACUUGCCUGAGAAAGAAGCUCAGAUGAAGAGGAAAGAAAAGGAAUCAGGAAUGGCACUUUCUCAGGGACAGUUGACAUUCAGAGAUGUGGCCAUCGAGUUCUCUCAGGAGGAGUGGGAAUGCCUGGACCCCGCUCAGAGGGCCUUGUACAGGGACGUGAUGCUGGAGAACCUCAGGAACCUGCUCUCCCUGGGUGAGGAGAGCUGCCUCCAGAAGUCAGGAUCUGCCCUACAUCUAUCAAGGGCACCGUGACAGUUUUGACCACGUUUAUUAAUGGUCAUCGCCUUUGUGCUGGCAACUAUUGUUGGCGCCACAUUGUGCAUCCCCUGUGUGUGCUGCUGUUCAUUCUUCAACAAACGUGAUAUUGAUGCAUCAUAUUGAAGGAGUUCAUGAAAUUGAACGACGUGCACGAUGUUGAAGUCUACCUUAAUUUAUUUUGUUUAGGCUACUGUUGCUUUCAUCUUGCACAUUUCCAUGUGUUAGAAAUGAACUUGCUUUUUGUUUAUUUAAUCAUUAGUUACAUGUUUUUGAUGACGCUCAUAGGGUUCUUUGUUUUAUAUCUGUAUUUGUGCGACUGUUGAAUCAGGGAAUAAAUAUUGUUUUAUAUAUUAUCCAGGAAGAUUUACUAAUUGAGUGUUGAGGGUUACAGCUCAGUACCAAUUUCCCCCAAAUCUGUACAAACUGUAGAAUUUUGUGAAAAGAUAGUCUUAAUUAUUCCUUUUACUUCUAUUUCACCUGAGACAACUGCAGAUGUCGGUUCAAAGCUCAGUGUCACCUGUGCUUCUGACUAACUGGCAGUAGAUCAGAGGUUCCAACGACCCUUUCCUUGGGUUCGAUCAAUUUCCUGGAGCAGCUCACAGAACUGAGGGAAACACAUUUACCAGUUUAUUAAAGGAUGUGAUAAAGGAUACAGUUGAACAGCCAGAUGAGGAGAUGCGCAGUGUGCGGAAGGGGAGCGUCCCGAGAGCAGGAGUUGCUGUCCCUGUGGAGUUGAGGUGUGUCACCCUCCCAGUGUGGAUGUGUUCCCCGGCCUGGAAGCUCUCUGAACCCACUACUACAGGAAUUCUAUGGAGGAUUCCUCAUGUAACCGUGAUCAAUUAUUAUCUCCAUUUCCAGCCCCUCUUCCCUCUCUGGAGGAUGGGGAGUGGGGUUGAAAAUGCCAAGCUUCUAAUCAGGCUUGGUCUUUCUGGUGACCAGCCCCCAUUCAGGAGCCCACCCAGAGUCUCCUCAGUAGAACAAAAGAUGCUCCUAGUGCUCCUAUCACUUAGGAAACUAAAAGGGUUUCAGGAGCUCUGUGUCAGGAAUCCGGGGCAGAGAACAAUAUAUAUUUUUUCUAUUAUCUCAUGCCACGUCUCAAACCAAAGUCAGUAAAUUAACAUCUCUGGGGCUAGGAACCACUUAUUAUAAUUUUAAACCUAACCAGGUGAUUCUGAUGUGCAAAUAGAGAACCAUUCUCUUUUUGCGCUAAUCACACUUCAACCUACAUAUGAAACACAUGGAAUUAUUAAGAACCCAGAUACUGGUCCAGUAGGCCUGGCUUGUGCCUGAGGGUUUGUAUUUCUUGCAAGCUACAGGGCCCUAGAUUAUACUGUGUGUACCUCAGUCCUCUUAGGUAAAUAAGCUUCGAUGCAGAAAAAUAAAGAAAAUGGAACAGAAGUGAUAAAUGUCAAAACACCUGUAAUACAUGAUAUAUUUCAGAGAGUUUUGUUAAUAUUGAAAUAAAUUAAUCAAACAUAA